AUGUCCGGAUGCCAGCGUUUAAUCUCGUCUUCACUAAUUGUCGCUCGGCUUCAUUGCUUUCUUGGUUUUGCCUUUCCUGCCUUUUAUCUGAUUUCCCCCUCCUCUCUUUGCUCGGCGCUUUUCAACUCUUUCUUUCCGCCUUAUCAUACAUUUCAAACAAAUAAAUCCUAUUUUGAAUAUAUUAUCUUUUGUUUGUUUCUCUUUCACUCACUCUCUCUAUCUCUUUCUAUUUAUCUAUCUAUCUAUUCCCCCUCUUCAUUAUUCUUUAAUUUCUUGCCGCUUUACUUUUAUUCUUCUUACACAUUCUUUUUUCUUUCUUUCGUUCUUUCUUUCUUUUUCCAUCUCAACAUUACUUUCCUAAGCCAUCCCUCUUCUUUUCUUCCACAUUUCUCUUGUCUCUUCUUCUUCUUCUAUUUUUCAUUAUUAGCUUCCUCUCCCUUCCUUUUCCUUACCCUCGUUCCUUAUUUCCAACCUUUUUUUUCUUUCACUUUCCUUUCUAUUUAUAUUCAUUCAUCCUUUCUUCUCUCCUUCUCCAUUCCCCCUCCCCCCUCCCCCAUCUUUUUCUACUCUUCUUUUGCUCAUUUAACUUUCUUUCAAAGUUUCCUCUCGCUAACUCUCCUCCUAUGUUUUUUCUGCCUUUGUCUCUGUCACAUUUUCUUUGUUAACUAUCUUUCGAUUUCUUUUAAUCUUUUUUUCUUCCUUCUCUUUUGUUAUUUUUUUUCUCUCUCUCUCUCUCUCUCUCAUACACACACAUACACACACACACGUACGCGACCGCCAUUUCUAUCUUUCCUGUCUGCUUCCUUCUCUUCAUCUUCCUUUGUUUCUUUUUUUAUUCAUUCUCUCUCACACGCGCCCAGUUUGUUUCUUUCUUUUUCUGUUUCUUUCUUUUUCUGUUUCUUUCUUUUUCUGUUUCUUUCUUUUUCUGUUUCUUUUCACCCUCAUUCUCGUCCUCUCUUGUUUUUCUUUUCUCGCUUUCCCCUCACACAAACAUUAUACUGGCACACACCGUUUGCCCCUUUCUCUUACUUUAUUUCUCCUUUCUUUUUUCACUUUUUCUUCCAUCUCCCAACAUCCCCCCCUCUCUCUCUCUCUUAUCUCGUGAAACUUUCUGCCACUUACUCUCUCUCUCUCUCACAGACACACUAA